GCAUCUGGAGUGUGGCAGUGGAAGGGUGCCACCACCAUGUCCCUGCAGGCUGAUUUUGAUCAGGCAGCCGAAGAUGUGAGGAAGCUGAAAACAAGGCCAGACGAUGAAGAACUGGAAAAACUCUAUGGGCUCUACAAACAAUCUGUAAUUGGAGACAUCGAUAUUGAGUGUCCAAGAAUGUUAGAUUUAAAAGGCAAAACUAGGUGGGAAGCAUGGAACCUCCAAAAAGAAUUAUUAAAGGAAGAUGUCAUGAAUGCCUAUAUUUCCAAAGCAAAGGAGCUGAUAGAAAAAUAA